CAUACUCUAUCAAUGAUGAUUCGAUAAGGAAAGACGGGUCCUUACAGCCAAUCAGAGUAACGAUGUAACUUCCAAUGAAAUUUUUAGCUGUUAGGAGCUUUUUUAUCUUCAGACCACAGGUUUUUAAUCCCACCUGGAAACCCUUUCCACGACUUUUUAUUACCAAUCCCCCCUCUCCGUCUCGACUGGGAUAUUUCCUUUGGCUGCAGGGCGGUUUCAAUCAAGAUGUCGGCGUUUUCGCGAACACUGGCGCCAUUUUUGCGCGCCUCGCGGCACUCCCUCAGAACCGGCAGCGCCGCCAACCCUUUACAAUUCGCUGUGCGACAGCAAAAUGUGGUCGCAGCCCUUAACAUCACAAGAUCAUACGCAGUAUUCGAGCGAACGAAGCCUCACGUAAACGUCGGUACCAUUGGUCACGUCGAUCACGGCAAGACUACUCUAUCCGCUGCUAUCACAAAAAGACAGGCCGAGAAGGGGCUUGCUAACUUCCUCGAAUAUGGCGCUAUCGACAAGGCGCCUGAAGAGCGAAAGCGUGGUAUCACUAUUUCUACAGCACAUAUCGAAUACGCCACGGAGAAUCGACAUUACUCUCACGUCGACUGUCCCGGUCACGCCGAUUACAUCAAGAACAUGAUUACUGGUGCCGCCAACAUGGAUGGUGCUAUCAUUGUCGUUGCUGCUUCCGAUGGUCAGAUGCCUCAAACGAGAGAGCAUCUUCUACUUGCCCGCCAGGUCGGUGUUCAAAGGAUUGUCGUCUUCGUCAACAAGAUCGACACCAUUGACGACCCCGAGAUGUUGGAACUCGUCGAGAUGGAAAUGCGUGAGCUGCUAUCCCAGUAUGGCUUCGAAGGAGAUGAGACCCCCGUUAUCAUGGGUUCUGCCCUGAUGGCUAUGGAGGGUAAGCGGGAUGACAUCGGUAACCAAAAGAUCGAUGAGCUUCUGAAAGCCGUCGACGAGUGGAUCCCUACCCCCCAGCGUGACCUUGACAAGCCCUUCUUGAUGUCCGUCGAGGACGUCUUCUCCAUUGCUGGUCGUGGAACCGUCGCCUCCGGUCGUGUUGAGCGAGGUACCCUCAAGAGGGACCAGGAUGUCGAGUUAGUCGGAAAGGGUCAGGAGAUCAUCAAGACCAAGGUUACUGAUAUCGAGACUUUCAAGAAGUCUUGCGAAGAAUCGCGUGCUGGUGACAACUCGGGUCUGCUUCUGCGAGGUGUCAAGCGAGAGGAUAUCAGGCGAGGUAUGGUUAUUGUCAAGCCUGGUACCGUGAAGCCUCACACCAAGUUCCUGGUCUCCCUAUACGUCUUAACCAAGGAAGAAGGUGGCCGACACACCGGUUUCCAUGGAAAUUACCGACCCCAGAUGUACCUACGAACUGCCGACGAGGCCUGCGCGCUUUACUUACCCGACGAUGUCGAGGACAAGAGCAAAAUGAUCAUGCCUGGCGACAACGUCGAGAUGUUGUGCGUUCUGCACAACCCCCUCGCCACCGAGAUCGGUCAACACGUCAACGUCCGUGAAGGUGGCCGAACCGUCGCAACGGGAAUUAUUACACGAAUCAUCUCUUGAAGCGGCUCACGGACUGUUUAGGACUAGUCUAAGUGUGCAAGGGGGAUAGAACGGGCUAUUCGGCUCUAUAUUUGUAUAGCCGGAUUGGGGAAAAUCGGCGUUGCUCCUCUUGUGUAUAAGGGAAUUCGGACUAUGUAUUAUAUUUUGAGCCCAUGUACACCUGGCACCACCCCAAGGCUCGUCUAAUCUCCCCUCUACUCUAACGCGUCUUUUCAUGUAGCUGAGUUGACUAUAGAGAAUGAUGAAAUGUAAAACAACUAACUAGACUAAUGAGUUACUUGCAUGAAGAAGGAAAAUAUUCCCAGUGUUAAACCCGGUCUUGGGACAUGGAAUGGGGCUCUUGCUAGCCUUACUAGUGUGCUUCUAAUAUUACAAAAAUACCCCUUUCAUGGCAGCUAAGUAUAACUAAACAACUCCACAUCUAUUACCGAGCUUCACGAAAUUAGGUCAACUAAUAAUAAAC